CGAUCGGGCAUUGGCUUUCGAUUGGCGGGGUGCACGCACAAAAUGAAAGUGAAUUCCCUAUAUAAAGGGUGGUUUUCUAGCUACGCGACAGAAGCCAUUUAAUUUUCCAUACAGGACACUAGCCAAAGUAUUAGCCGGUCAACAUGAGGGCCCUGGUAUGUGUGAUGCUGAUCGCCGUGGCGUUCGCCGCCGAAGAAAAAACGGUCCAGAAGCGUGGACUGCUCGGUUUGGGAGGUUUGGGCGAUCUGGGCUACGGAGGUCAUGGUCUCCUCGGUGGUAGUCUGGGACACGGAAGUGUGGCGGUCGCCAUUCACGAUAGGCCUGUCGCCGUACCAGUUCCGGUCCCGAAACCGUACCCAGUCGCCGUCGACCGACCAGUCCCAGUAAAGGUACCAGUCGCGGUCCCGCAUCCAGUUCCAGUGGCAGUUCCGGUCCCCCAGCCUUACCCUGUGGUUCAAACCAAAACCAUCACGGUUCCAGUCGACAGACCCGUUCCAGUAUCGGUUCCAGUUAAAGUGCCCGUACCUGUACCGGCCCCGUACCCCGUCAAGGUCGCGGUGCCCCAUGCAGUUCCAGUCGCUGUUCCCCAGCCCGUCCUCGUCAAGGAAACUGUUCCCAUUCUCGUUCAUGGACACGGUUAUGGACACGGUUAUGGAUACGGUUUGGGACACGGUUUGGGACACUCUUCCAAGGGGUUAGGAAAAUCGGUGUAUCCCGAUCAAGAAAAAGGAGCGGAAAGAGCUUUGCCUUGGAUCGCUUUUCGAGGACCCCUGCUCGCUCCCCACGCCCAAUUUCUUUUCACCGUUUCUGUAGCCCGCCACAUGCCCACCACCGUCGAUCCGUUCAAGGGUUCGUCGUGGACGUCUCAACGUAUAAAAGCAGAGGAUCUUCUUGGUAUCUCAUCAGUCGCAAAACAACGACCAACCAAGUCCGAUAGCAGCACCAUGAACGCUAAGCUCUUCAUCGCCUUCGCCUUCGUGGCGGUGGCAUUCGCCGAGGAACAAAGCGAAGAUACAUUGACAGAAACGAAGAAGGAGAAACGAGGAAUCUAUGGAAUAGGAUACGGAGGACACGGAGGACACGGAGGAUACGGUGGAGGAUACGGUGGAGGAUACGGUGGAGGAUAUGGUGGAGGUGGUGGUUACGCCGUGCCAGUAGCUGUUCCUGUUCCGCAACCUGUCGCUGUUCCCGUUGACAGACACGUUCCCUACCCGGUUAAGGUACCAGUCGCAGUGCCAGUGGAUCGUCCCUAUCCCGUCCACGUGCCCAGACCCUAUCCAGUGGAGGUGACCAGGCACGUUCCAGUCCCUGUUGACAGGCCAGUCCCAGUUCCAGUCAGCGUUCCUGUCAAGGUUCCAGUGCCAGCCCCGUAUGCCGUCAGAGUACCUCAACCCUAUGCCGUGCCGGUCGUCAAACCCGUUGCAGUGCCAGUGGGACAACCCACGGUGAUCGUUGAGAAAUCCAACAACGGAUGGACUGUCGGUGGUGGUGGUGGUGGUGGUUACUCCUCCUGGUAAACAACGAGCCAAACUCUUCGUGGAUUUUAGGGAGCUAGCUUCGCUCGUCUCUGAUCGUUCGAACGAUCGCAACCAACGAUGUUUCUCGAUACGAUUUUCUCUCGAGGAUAAGGACACUCCUGAAAGCAACCGUUGGACAAUGAUUUCAUCCUCUGGAUUUUUCUUUUUUUCAAUCACCUAUUUUUCAUCAACGACGCGAAGAUUGGCUCCCAUGACUGGAUCUGGCCCCCUGUCGGCCCGUUCUUGACGUCCACCGACCAUCCGGUUCGAUGGAUCUCUUCGUGGGAUGGAUAGAAGGAGCAGAUCGAACGUGUUUCGCCUCUGUGACUUUAGGCAUAAUUUUGUAUCUCGUUUAACUGUCUCUUCUUUUGUACAUGUAAAUCGACGUCCAUUUUGCAUCGUAGAAAUAAAGGAUUUCUUUUCGUAUGAA